CCCCAGAUCUGCGUCAGCAAAUGCCCCGACCGGUACCUGACGUACCUGACGGCCCACGGCGUGCCCGCAGAGCUGGGGUACUACCGGAACUUCUGCGUCCCCACCUUCGACCCGCGCAAGGGUCCCAUCGAGGUGCUGAAGGACAGGGAGUGCCCGGCCAUGCUCAUCCCCAGCACCCCCUUGGCGCGGAGAUGCUUCCCGGCCAUCCAGGCCAAGAAGGGCGUCAUCAUGGUGGGCAACGAGACCACCUACGACGACGGCCGCGGGCACCGCAGGAACGUCACCGAGCUGCUGGAAGGGGCCAAGAAAGCCAACGUGGUGCUGGAGACCCGGCAGUUGGCCAUGAAGAUCUUUGAGGAUUACACGGUGUCCUGGUACUGGAUCAUCAUAGGCCUCGUCAUCGCCAUGGUGGCCAGCCUGAUCUUCAUCGUCCUGCUGCGCUUCCUGGCCGGGAUCAUGGUCUGGGUCAUGAUCGUGAUGGUGAUCCUGGUGUUGGGAUACGGAAUCUUCCACUGUUACAUGGAAUACGCGAAGCUGAAAGGGGAGGCGGGCUCGGACGUGUCCCUGGCGGACCUGGGCUUUCAGACCGACCUGCGCGUCUACCUCCACCUGCGGCAGACGUGGUUGGCCUUCCUGAUCAUCCUGUGCGUGGUGGAGCUGGUGAUCGUCCUGCUGCUCAUCUUCCUCCGCAAGAGGAUCCUCAUCGCCAUCGCGCUCAUCAAGGAGGCCAGCAGGGCCGUCGGUCACGUCAUGUCGUCGCUGCUGUUCCCCCUGUGCACCUUCUUCCUACUGUGCCUCUGCAUCGCCUACUGGGCCAGCACCGCCGUCUUCCUGUCCACCUCCAACGAGGCCGUGUACAAGGUGUUCAACGAGUCCACCUGCCCCUUCUCCGGGCAGACCUGCAGGCCGGAGACCUUCAACACCAGCAACGUCACCAAGCUGUGCCCCGACGCCCAGUGCCUCUUCGCCUUCUACGGCGGCGAGACGGCCUAUCACAAGUACCUCAUCGUGCUGCAGUUCUUCAACGUCUUCAUGUUCUUCUGGCUCGCCAACUUCGUCAUCGCCCUGGGCCAGGUGACGCUGGCGGGCGCCUUCGCCUCCUACUACUGGGCCUUCAAGAAACCCGACGACAUGCCGGCCUUCCCGCUCUUCUCCGCCUUCGGCCGCGCGCUCCGGUACCACACGGGCUCGCUGGCCUUCGGCGCGCUGGUCCUCGCCAUCGUCCAGGUCAUCAGGGUCACGCUGGAGUACCUGGACCACCGGCUCAAAGCCGCAGAGAACAAGUUUGCCAAGUUCCUCCUGAGCUGCCUCAAGUGCUGCUUCUGGUGCCUGGAGAAAUUCAUCAAAUUCCUCAACAGGAACGCCUACAUCAUGAUCGCGAUCUACGGCACCAACUUCUGCACCUCAGCCCGCAACGCCUUCUUCCUGCUGAUGAGGAACAUCAUCAGGGUGGCCGUGUUAGAUAAAGUCACGGAUUUCCUCUUCUUCCUCGGGAAGCUCCUCAUAGUGGGCAGCGUUGGAAUCCUCGCCUUCUUCUUCUUCACCCAGCGGAUAAAGCUGGUCCAGGACACGGCGCCGCCGCUGAAUUACUACUGGGUCCCCAUUCUGACAGUGAUCGUGGGCUCCUACCUCAUCGCCCACGGGUUCUUCAGCGUGUACGGCAUGUGCGUGGACACCCUCUUCCUCUGCUUCUUGGAAGACCUGGAGCGGAACGACGGCUCGGCGGAGAAGCCCUACUUCAUGUCCCCCGACCUGAGGAAGCUGCUCAAGAAGACCAACGCGGGGCAGGCGGACGCGUAGCCCCGUCCCGGCCUCCCCCGCCGCCCGGCCCCUCUGGAAUUUGCCUUCCUGGACCUCGGACCCGCUGGGUUCCUCCCGCGAGGGGGGCUCGGGGGAACGGGGAUUGUUGAGAAUCCGGCCCCGGAGCGUCGCGUUGGUGACGGCGAGCGCCGGAGCUCAUCGGUGCCGCCGGCCGGCCCGGGGCUCUGGCAGGGGCAAAGUCCCUCCUCCCGAGGUGCUGGUGACUCCAAAACGAGCUCCGUUGGGUUUGAUCCCGUUCCUUUAUCCUGCUAAACGGGUGGCGUGGCCUCCGGCCCGGCUGCGUGUUCCGCGUUCCCUCGGCGCUCCGGCGGAUCCGGGCGCAGAGGUGACGGGAGAACGAGCCGGGAGGGUCCGGGCGGCUCCUCCAGGGGGUUUUUCAGUCGUGGCCCCCCCCAAAAUGUUGAGCUGCAGUUGGUGAUUCCAUCCGGAGAGCGGGAACGGGCUGGAAUGGCCUCCCUGCUCCUGCCGCCCUCCGGGGACGUACCAGGGCCCUGUUUGGGGCCCCAACUAAUUAAUUCUUUUAGGAAUAAGCUAAUUAGUGCUUCUGUAGCCGCCUGUCGGGGGUGGGGGUGGAGGGGAGCGAGGGGUCCCCGGGCAGAAUUGGGGGGUUGAGGCUCUGGCUGGUUCCUGCACCUCCUCUCCAGGACCGGCGGCUUCCGCCGAUUCCUCCCCAAAAUCCGCGUCCCGGUCCCCAAAACCCGGCAGUUUGGGGCAAACCCUUCCCCAGAGGCUUUGCCUUUCGGGAGAGGGGGUGGUGGGUGGAUCCGGGCGGGUUUUGGGUUCGUUUUGGGUGGUUUUAGCAAACCCAAGGGCAGCCAGCGCCUCGCUCCUGCCCGAGGGAAGCUCCAGGGCUUUGGCAGCUCCUGGCACGUGGGGGAGAAAAAAAGGGACUUUUGGGGGCUGAGAGGGGGCUAAUUAACUCUAAAAUACAACUAAUUAACCCCAAAUCAUAACAGAAUGAACCCCCCCUGGAGUCCCUCGAGCUUUUUAUCCCGGUUCCCUCAUGAUCUUGGGGGUUUGUGUCAGAGGGGGGAACGUUUCGAUGGAAUUAUUCAGUGCUUUGGGGGCUUUUUUGUAUAUUUUGCUUUUCCGAGGCGUUCUCGGUUCUCUAGUUGAUAUUUUGAGCUUUUCCCGGGAAUUCUGGGGACAGGUUUUGGGCUCUGCUGCCGCCGGGCCGGGGAUCAAACGCUGUAAUUUGCUUAAAUCCCCCCUUUUUUCCCCCCUCUCCUGUCUCGGUGCAGGUGAUCGGUGCCCCGGGGUAGGGCUGGACAGGGAAGGGGAAGGGGAAGGUGAGGCCAGGGAAAUGAAGGAAGAGGUAAAAUUAAGAAGGUGAAGGGAAAGUAAAAAAAAUGAAGGGAGAGCUUAAAAACAAAAGGGAAAAAGUAACGGCGAAGCUCUGCAGGAAAAAGGUGAAAUAAGGCUCUGUUUGGGGUAAGUGGGAAUAAUUCGGGGAAUAACGACCAGGCUCCGUAACACUUCCAGCUUUUCCAGCACCUCCAGCCAGUGUUUCCUGCUGCUGGUCCUGAAUUAACUCACUUUGUCCCCUCCCUGUGCAGGUUUCGGGGGGGUUUGGGUUCAGUUUCCACUCGGAAUGUCCCUGUCGGGGGUGAAUUCCCUCUCGCCCCUCCACUCUCAGCUGCUUUCUUCCCAAAUCCAGACCCUUUGGGGGUGGAAACGCUGCUGGAAGCAGCCGAGGAGCGUCAGGAACUCUGUUUACUCCAAAAGCCGAAACGCAGCGGGGACUGGGAGGGCUGGAAGUGGUGGAGGAGAGAAGGAAUUUGGGAAAAACGCGUUCUUGGGGACGCGGCCGGGCUGGCUCGGCUGCCUCCCGGCAAAGGAGGGACUUGAGGGGAGAAUGAAGGAUUUUUAAUUCCCAAGAAGCCCGAAGCGGUUUGGUUUUUUUUCUUUUUAAAGGUGAAAACUGCACGUGCCGGGAGCUCCGGACGGGGGGAAUAUUCCUGUCAGGUUUUUUUCGGGAGAGCUGAGAGCGAGGGCGGCUGUCCGGGGGGAUUUUGGUGUCGGGAAAACCUUCACACUCCGCGGCCUGGGCUCUUUCUUCCCAGAGCUUGCGCUCGAGGCAUUAAACGACCCGGUUUUUUUUAGGAAUAACGGUGCUUUUUGCUGCCUGGAAAUGCAACUCCUGUCCCUACAACUCCUUCCCCGGAUCGGGGGCCGGGCGAGGGGGGGGGGAAAAAACCCCUCAAAAAUGCUAAAACCCGCAGGGCUGGUGUUCUACACCAAAAUACUCAUUUUUUUAAGCGCGUUUCUGAGGCAUUAACGACGCUGGUGCUCCGGGGGGGGUCCGUCGGUGUCGUGACCAACAAUAAAAAAGUGCCUGUUUGGA